UGAUAUACUCUAUAAGCCUUGAUCUGGGCUUCGAGAUAGUGAUGUCAUCCAGACAGUGUAGUAGGACCCCUGACCCCCUUGAAGCCUGCCACGAGCUUCUGCGAUGCAACAACCAAUUUGAGGAUGGCCUACUGCAGCAAAGAUGUGGCCGAAAACAACGCACAAAACAGGAGGGCCAUGGCAGCUACUUCAAUAUUAUACAAAACUGCUCGUUGAAUUAGGUGGCCAAAGCCCCCACCAUAAAACCUUACUGCCACCCGCCAGAAUUCAAAUCUUUUUACAAUUAAUCAGCCUACUUGAUUCAGUUUAAUAUGUCUAAUAUCUGUUUGUUGGGUUUUUUUAAUCAGAUAGACUUGAAGUUGAUGAAGGCGUCGCUGUAUGAUGGCCUUAACCUUUCCUUUUUGCUUAUAGUUAGGCCAACCGUUAUCUUCUUCCCUCCAAACAAACCUCUCUGAUCUUAUAAUUCCCUUUGAAUCAAAGCAAAACCCUUUUGCAGUCACCAUCUGAAUUACCCAACCUCACCUUCCCAUCUUGUAUUUUACAUCUCUUCUUUGCUUUGUCCCCUCCUUCCCUUAUAUACCUUCUUCAGUUUCAAGCCUCUAUGUGUUUUGUGCCUAAACUGAGCUUCUUGAAAGGUUUCCGGUUGUGGGUUUUUGGAGAUUUGAUUGUGGGGCUCUUUAUUUGAAGCACAUACAGAGCCAGCCAGCUCGCCAACUGUUUGUGGCUGAAUCUUGAGGAUUUGUAAGUUGGUUUCUCGUUGGUGCUCUCGGAAAUUAAUUUUUUUCUUUCUUGUUUCAUUGAAUUCUCAUGACUGUGAUCAUAAAUUAUCCAUGAAAGUGUUGUGGAAACAUGAAUUUUGCGGAUGUCAAUCAAAUUCAAUGCAAUAUUUGUGAUUUGUGAUUCCAGUCUUGUUCAUAUAAAGUUGAAGAAUUAGGCCAGUAGCAAGGUUUGAAGCUUUGAAACCCUUUACAAUGAAUACUCGUUGCUUCUUACCAGCAGACUCGUUAUGUAAUUCAGAUGUACAUGUUUCAUCAUUCUCGUCAAGUUCGGCACCUGCAGAAGAUAGAAUGAUUGUGGGUGCUCGAAAUAGGCCUGCUAGAGCUGCAGCACCCUCGGCCUCAUCAUUCUUGAUAAGAAUGGCCAUGAGGAUAUCUAGAGCAAGGUGGUUCAGCUUCUUGAGGAGGGUGUUUCAUUACCAGAAUGGAUCAAGGUCGGAUCUCGGGUCGAACCCUUUCAAUUCAAGCACUUGGAUGAUGCUGGAGUUCAUGGCUCUGGUCAUUCAAAUAAGCAUCAUAACAUUCACUCUGUCAAUCUCUAAAAGGGAGAAGCCAGUUUGGCCCAUGAGAAUUUGGAUUGUUGGGUAUGAUGUUGGUUGCCUGCUCAGUCUUUUGUUGCUUUAUGGGCGCUACAAGCACCUUCAUGUGACUCAGGCAGAUAGCUUCAGGUUCUCUGAUGUUGAACAACAGAGAAGCAGUGAAGAAUCCAGUAUGUGCAGGUGCUCUCAUUUGAUGAACAAAUGCAGGACUUCUUUAGAGCUGUUCUUUGCAAUCUGGUUUGUGAUGGGGAAUGUUUGGGUUUUUGAUUCAAGAUUUGGGUCUUUCCAUCGAGCACCAAAUCUACAUGUUCUCUGCAUCUCUCUGCUUGCCUGGAAUGCUCUCAGCUACUCAUUUCCAUUCCUUCUGUUUCUGUUGUUGUGUUGUUGUGUGCCACUGAUUAGCAGCUCCCUUGGCUACAACAUGAACAUGGGGUCUUCUGAGAGAGGAGCCUCUGAUGAUCAAAUUUCUAGCCUCCCCAGUUGGAGAUACAAGCAAGUUGAAUCCAAGUUAGAGAUUGGGAAUGAUGUCAAUGGCAAUUCAACCUCUUCAAAUGAAGAUCCUGAGUGUUGUAUAUGUUUGGCAAAAUACAGAGAGAAGGAAGAAGUGAGGCAGCUGCCAUGUUCACAUAUGUUUCAUCUCAGAUGUGUGGAUCAAUGGCUCAGAAUUAUCUCUUGUUGCCCCUUAUGUAAACAAGAACUGGAAAGAUAGAAGCAACAUUGACCAAAAAAAAAAAUAUUACAUAUACAAAUGGUUAAUACCAGCCAGAUAUAAAUAAAUUGAUGUGUUAAUAUAUGAUUACGUGAUUAGAUGAUAACACAUUGAUUUAUUUGUACCGAUUAAUAUUCAUCCAUUUGCAUAUGAAACAUGAUUGAAAAAAAAAAUCCCAAAUAGAAAAAUUUUAAUUAGGUAUUUUUGCAAUUUUUUUUCUCAAAUAUGGUGUGAUUUUCCUGUAUUUACUCAGUUACUUGAGUGAGUGUAUUGCUUGUACAUGGAGCUCACCAGUAGCUGAAAUGUUUAUAGUACAGUACAUUUCUACUUAUACAUACUACUAUGAUUGAGUUUUUUUUAUUUUAUAUAAUCUUUGUAAGAGGAAAAUUUGUACUUUAAAUGAAAUAAUGCUUGAAAACA